AUGCCUGGAUCCAAUCGCAAUAGACCGCCUGUUCCACUUCCUACUGAGCAUUUGGACGACCUUAUCGCCACGGAAAGAGCCGCUCGUACACAUCCUGAUGCACCUCCUCAUCUACCACCUUUGUCGUUCGUCGACCAUGCCGAGGAAAUGAGCGGAAUCCUGUAUGCGCCAGAACUCACCGCGCCUCCUCCAACAAUCUGGCUGCCAAAUGAUUCUGCUGGCAUCGCUCGCUCAGAAGCAUACGACUUGCAGCAUUAUCAUCAUCUCUCCACCGUAAUAGACGUCCGUUCGCCGUCAGACGUCGCAACACCGCGACAGUCUGUCGAAGAAAGGCGAGGGACUACCCGCAAUCGUUAA